AUGGAACCCUGGAACAAGCUGCCCAAAAAGGUUGUGCUCGUGACCGGAGCUUCCUCGGGCCUCGGUAGAGAAUUUUGUCUCGACUUGGCUAAGGCGGGUUGUCUCAUCAUUGCAGCAGCUCGUCGAGUGGAUAAACUUAACUCCUUGUGCGACGAAAUUAAUCAGACAAAUGAACUGUCAUCUACUAUAAAAGCUGUAUUUGUUGAGCUCGAUGUCACGUCUAACGAAAACAAAAUUGUCGAGGCAGUGCAAAAGGCUUGGGAUGCAUUUGGACGCAUUGAUGUUUUAAUCAAUAAUGCCGGUGUUAGAGGGAGCGUUAGUUCCGUUAUAGAUAUUAGUAAAGAGGAAUGGAACCAAACAAUGAAGACAAACCUAGAUGGUCCAUGGUUGGUUGCAAAAAAUGUGAUGGCUCAUAUGAUAAAGGCAAGGAUAGCCGGAAGCAUCAUCAAUAUCUCCUCUAACGCUGGCCUCAAUCGUGUCAUUGUACCCGGUGCUGUUUCUUAUGUCAACUCCAAAUCAGCGCUUCACACUUUAACUAAGAAAAUUGUGAUUAUAGGUUAUGUAUCUGGAAAUGUAUUCAUCGUGGACUCGGGCUACACCCUCCCUGGAUUCCCUCUUUCGUCUUCUCUUUAA